GAACGUGUAUAUAACGCUGCUCAAUGGCUCGAUUGCAGUCUGAAGUUGCAUCGGUGAACGAUAAAACAACUUCAGAGUCUUCUAAGAUUCGUUGCUCGAAUCGACAAGAUUUGUUCUUCUGUGAAAACCGAAAGGAGAUUACUAAGUAUAAAAUAAUUUGAAAAAUGAAGAUAACUUUUGUGAUUGCGGCGCUUCUGGCUGGCAUCUUUCUACAAGUUGAUUCCGCACCUGCCAAGACAAUUGUUCAUUCUGAGAAUGACAUCUCCCUCAAUAUCACCGCGGAAUCUAGACGUGUGGACGCAUCUGCCAAUGACACAGGACUUACUGAUACUGGGACCAAGGAGAAAAUUGCCGACAAUCUCAAUUCCGGGGAACCUCUAAGUUCAACAACUACCGUUUCGCCCGUUUCCGAGGAGAUCGGUCGCACGAUAGCAACUUCAAAUCCUGGCCUCAAGAAACCUGAUGAUACGAUGGUAAAUGCGAAGCCUAGUUCUUCGUCACCUGGGAGUUUUGUAGCAACUCCAGAGGCCAUUUCCGGAGGAACUGGCAAUUUAGUGACAAGUUUAGAGCUCGGUUCUGCAAAGCCUGAUAGUUUGGUGACAAACUUGGUGCCUGGCGACUUGCCCACUACUUUGGAGCCCAUAUCCGGAGAGUCUGGCAGGUUUACGACGACCUUGGAGCCACCAAGCUUCCCAACAACUUUGCAGCCAGGCGCUGGGACACCUGGAAUAUUGGUGACAACUUUGAAACCUGCUUCUGGGAUACGUGGAAAUUCUGAGAUAGCUCAAACAGACGAUUCUGGUACUCCCGGGGAAUUCCUGACAACUUUGGAACCUGAUUCUGGGGCAUUCGAAAACAUCGUGACAACAUUGGAAUCUGAUUCUGGGACACCUGAAGAAUUGGUGACAACUUUGACAUCUGAUUCUGGGAUAAGUGAAAACCCCGUGAUAACUUCGGAACAUGAUAUUGGGACACCUGAACAAUUGGUGACAACUUUAAAACCUGAUUCUGGCACGCCCGGAAAAUUGAUAACAGCUUUGACACCUGACUCUGGAAUAGGUGAAAAUAUCGAGAUAACUUCGAAACCUGAUUCUGGGACACCAAGAAACUUCGUGACAACUAUGAUAUCUGAUUCUGGGACAACUUUGGAGCUUGGCAGUUCAACUAAGCCAAUCAGUCUGUUAACAACUUUGAAACCAGGAAUUGUGGAUAAUGGUGAUCCAAUCUUAAAUACGAUAAAUAAUCUACCAGUAAAGAAUGAACGUAGCAGUGGAGCUUCUAGUAUUGGAGCUUCAUGCGUCGUCGCGGUGUUGUUGGGGAUCCUUUUGAUUUCUGGGUCAUAGCUGACGUGAGAUCAUCAAGAUACAAAGACUAUAUAGCCAUAUGUAUUGCAUUUGCGUGACCAAGUAUAAUAAUUAAUACA